AUGUCAUCCUCGCCAGUUCCCCUUCUCAAGCCACCCGUGCCGGGAAAUCGCAGCAAUGGCAGCAGUCCUCGUCCGCCGAAACUCACUCUGGGCAUUCCUCCUUCUCCCAACGCUCGUCCUGUCACAGGAAACGGCGUUCCGGCCACUGUAGCGCCCCCGCCGACCGAGGUUCCUCAGCUGCAGCGUCCGGUUGCCCGCCCAGCUCCUCCCCAACUGCGCCUCGCUACUCCCAUGGGUAGCAGUCAAGCCAUUCCACAGGUCAAGCCUCGACCUGCUCCUCCUCCUCUGGCGACCACCGGCCUGAACGAACCGAAUGGACAUUCUCGAACGGGCAGUUUCACCUAUCUCGACGGUAAGGCCAGUGGACCGGCCUCCGCAUCUUCCUCCAAUUAUUCCGCUUUGUCUUUUGCUAUGGGGCUCCGACAACCGCAUGGCAGCACCCCCGAUCCGUCAUCCGCGAUAAGUUCAGUUUAUUCCGACCGGGAAGGAGGGGUAUCAAUGGAGCGGGACAACAGUGUGACCAACUUGAUCCCGGAUCUGGAUAAGCUGAGUUUGGAGAAGGGCAGGCCCCUCGAUGUGGAUGAUCUGGAUGAUGAGGGCUGGCUGGCGGCCAGUGAACAGAAGAAGAUUGUGGAGCUUGGUAGUUUGGGUGAAGGAGCGGGUGGUGCUGUCACUCGGUGCAAGCUCAAGGAGGGAAAGACCGUCUUCGCUCUCAAGAUCAUCACCACCGAUCCCAAUCCCGACGUCAAGAAACAGAUCGUUCGAGAGCUUAAUUUCAACAAGGACUGUGCCUCGGAACACAUCUGUCGCUACUAUGGUGCAUUUAUGGACAAAUCCACGGGAACGAUCUCGAUUGCCAUGGAGUUCUGCGAAGGCGGAAGCUUGGACAGUAUUUACAAGGAAGUGAAGAAGCUGGGAGGCCGGACGGGUGAGAAGGUCCUGGGCAAGGUGGCUGAAGGUGUUCUGAACGGCUUGACCUAUCUCCACAGCCGGAAGAUCAUCCACCGAGACAUCAAGCCUUCAAACAUCCUUCUUUGCCGAAACGGCCAAGUCAAGCUUUGUGAUUUCGGCGUCAGCGGAGAGUUCGGUACCAAGGGCGAUGCCAACACCUUCAUCGGCACAUCUUACUACAUGGCGCCUGAGCGGAUUACUGGACAAUCGUACACGAUCACAUCCGAUGUCUGGUCGUUAGGUGUGACUUUGCUUGAGGUUGCCCAGCAUCGGUUCCCCUUCCCCGCUGAUGGAACGGAAAUGCAACCCCGGGCCGGCUUGAUCGAUCUUUUAACCUACAUUGUCCGGCAACCGAUUCCCAAGUUGAAAGACGAGCCGGAUAACGGCAUUCGUUGGUCGGACAACUUCAAAUACUUCAUUGAAUGCUGUUUGGAGAAAGAGCCCCCACGACGAGCGACCCCAUGGCGGAUGCUGGACCAUCCCUGGAUGCUGGACAUGAAAAACAAAAAGGUCAACAUGGCCAAUUUUGUGAAGCAAGUGUGGGAUUGGGCAGAGUAG